UCUGACGGUUUAGGCGCACGUUGGCGUCGCCUGAUUACUCUUUGUUUACAUCCAACGCGAUCCUUUGUUAUACUAGUAGCGCGAUGGAAAACCAACGUAUAGUUUAUAAGUUUUAUUAGUUCUGUGUUAUUUGAGUUUUAAAAGUGAAAGUAAUGUAUUAAAUGCAAAAAUGAGCAACGAUUCAGAGUCUCAAGAUAAUUCAUCGUCAGAGUUCUCUCUGAAUCUUGGCUUUGAAGAUUUACAAUACUCCGUGAGACAUGGCAUCUUCACUAGAGGGCGCAAGUGCAUUCUGAAUAACAUUUCCGGCACUUUCAAUGCUGGGGAGCUGACAGUUAUCAUGGGACAGUCGGGCGCAGGCAAAAGCUCUCUCAUGGACAUCCUAGCGGGAUAUACGAAGCCUACAAGUGGUAAUUUAUACGUGAAUGGCCAACUGCGCAACGAGGACUCUUUCCGACGAAGAUCCUGCUAUAUCCUGCAGGAGGAUCAGGUCCAGGACAUGCUGACGAUAUACGAGUCACUCACAAUUGCCGCUGAACUUAAAUUAGGAAAUCAUGUCACAAAAGAGCAGAAGAAAAAGAGGAUAGAUGAAAUAAUUACGUCACUCAGUCUUGAACGUGCACAAAACACUAGAGCUGGUGAUUUAUCUGGAGGACAGAAGAAAAGGCUGGCUAUAGGACUGGAGUUGAUUAGUGAUCCACCAAUCAUGUUUUUAGACGAACCCACUAGUGGCCUCGAUAUCUCAAUAUCAAAACAAAUAUUAUACCUGCUACAUCUUCUGGCCAGGCAGGGAAGAACGGUGGUAAUCACCAUGCACCAGCCAUCUGCCACUCUCUUACGUAUGGUCGACCGACUAUAUACCGUGAUAGCUGGCAGGUGUGCCUACACGGGUUCAGUAGACUCACUAAUUCCGUACCUAGAACAAAUGAAUUUAAGGUGUCCGCCAUAUCAUAAUCCUGUGGAUUUUCUUAUCGAAAUAUGUGCAGAAAAUGCAAAUAAAUUAGUAGAAGCUUCACAAAAUGGAAAUAAUAACGAAUGGAACAUUAAUAAUAAGACUGAAAAUAAUCUUAAAGAAUCAAUAAGGAGCGAUGAGGUGUUUCUAACCACUUUGCCUUCGCCAAAGGAAGAUCCCACCAACAAAAUACUAUUAGCUUUAAAAAGUACAUAUUCAACAUCGUAUUGGAAACAAUUCACCACAUUAACUAGAAGAUCCAUAUUGUCUCUAUGGCGAAAUCCAGUGUUCACAAUCAUAAUAAGUGGAAUACAUUGUUCAAUGGCAUUAUUUGUGGGUUUGCUCUUCUAUAACAUUGGCGGUGACGCCAAAUACAUAAGAGACAACUUCAGCAUGCUCAAUUACUCCCUUAUGUUCCUUAUGUUCACUGCCUUCAGUGCUGUUACUAUUACCUUCCCUGUACAAAUACCAGUGAUCAGACGAGAACAUUUUAAUCGCUGGUACUCCACCAGCGCGUACUUCAUCUCCACGUUGAUAUCAACGCUGCCCACCCAAACUGUAUGCACACUGACCUAUGCAUGUAUUGCAUACUGGCUCACCGGCCAACCAGUAGAAAUAAAGAGGUUCCUCACAUUCUCUUGGACUCUUCUAAUGGUGUCGUAUGUUGCUGUUUGCAUUGGUCUACUCAACGGUGCUAUGUUUAAUGUUAAGAAUGGUGUAGUCUUCGGCCCUUUCUUCAUAAUGCCAUUCACAAUCUUCUCUGGCUUCUUUCUUCGAUACAGCGACGCACCAUUUUACUUCAGGUGGCUGUUCCACAUUUCAUUUCUAAAACACGGCCUAGUAGGUUUAAUCUUUGCUAUAUAUGGUAUGGAUCGCGAGAAACUCCCGUGCUCCGAUAUAUACUGCCACUUUACAAUACCCAAACAGUUCAUAACUGAAAUGGAAUUAGCAACUGAGAGUUAUACAUUCGUAGUAUUACCAUUACUUGCUAUUGGAGUGUGUGUUUUUUUAUGUUCAUAUGUUAUAUUAAGAAUUCGGCUCAAGAGUAAAUGGUGAGUUUAGUUAAUUUAACAAUAUACGAAAUAUUGCCCUAAUUCUUGUGUCAAUUUGACAGUGCAAAAGUUAUUUUAAUCUUAUAUUGUAAUGUGUAUAGUUCAAUGUUAGUAUAAACGAGCAACAGUAAUUUUCAGAAGACUAAAAGAAGUUUUCGUUAUAAAGAUACUGGCCUUUUUAAUACUAAUGGCCAUAAAGUCAUUAAAAAAAUUGUAAUUAGUACGGGUGUAUUUUAUAAAUCGAAACAAUUUAGUCUGAAAUUAAAAAUACUUAAUUUUUACACAAAAACCAAAACGCAUAGUUUUAAUUAGCUAGUCAAAAUGUUGCUAAUAUUUGAGUAACUACAAUAAAGGCCAAUAAAUAUUAAUUCUAAUAUAGGUAUAAAUUAAUUCCAAAUCUUGAUGUUGGUACUUAUGAUUUAGUUCAGUUUGUACUUAUGAUAGAAAUAGAUACAACUAAUUAAAUAACUGUAUAGAACAUAAAUAUUAUUACAUUAAUGUCAUGAACAAUAUUAUAUUAGGAUAGAUAUAGUAGAUACAUAUUAGAAGGGUAUAAAGUACAAUAAGAAAUAUUAGAAAUGUUAUUUACUAUAUUUGAUUUAGAUUUUACAUAUACUAGAGACCAGUCAAUUUACUUUAUGGAUGCUAUUUAUAUGUACUUACCAAUUUUCACUUUCAUUUCCAUUGGAUCUAAAUGUAGUUGUAAAUAUGAAAUUUAUAGAGAUUUAGGUUGAUUGUAAAGAUUAAGAAGACAGAAAGACAAAGAUGUUUGUCACGAAUUCCGGUGCCAGAGAAGUCAAUAUAGUGGUAUAUCAACUAAAUUUAUAGGACAGGUUUCAAAACAAGUUAUAACAAUUAGAUACUAGCCUACAUGGAUUCUUUUUUCAAUUACUACUUCAAUUUAUAUUGAAAAAUAAUGAAAAGGAUAUUUUCAAAAGCUGGAUGUUAAUUUUAAGCACCUCAGUAAAAACAGUAUUCGAAACAUGUGCAUCAAAUUAGAACGAGUCUUAAUUUAUAAUUGUAAUUGGUACUCCCACCAGAAUUGCGACACUUGUGUCUUAAUUCUUACUCUUAAAGAGACACUGAAUAUUUCUGCCAAACAACUAUUCAAAGUGUACAAAAAUUAAAAAAUAUUUAGUGUAAAUUAUAGAUAUUGAACUGUACCUAUAAUAAUAGUUUUUAUUGUAAAAAUGCAAAUAGAUACAUAUUUGUAUUUAAGCAUUAAACUGUGAUGUAGAACAUUAUACAAUAAUUUUAAUCUAGAGUAAGUAAGGAACAAUUAAACCUGAACUCUGAAACUAAAUAAAGAAGAAGUAUAAAAUUGAGUUAUCUUACAUUGAUUAUAAGACUUUGUGUAAUAGGAUAAUAGCCCGUUUUCCAAGAUAUAUAACUUAUUAAUGGGUAAACAAAAUAUAUUAUAUGUUCUUUUUGUGCCGUACAUAAAAUUCUGAUUCAAUAAUCAUGAAACAGUUAUUUUCUACUAUAGUGUUCACCAAAAACCAGUAAACAUAUUCUAAAUUCGAAAUAAAAAAUUACGUGACAAAAUUAAAAAUAUAGAUAAAUUAUGAUAGUUACGAAUAUUUUGAAUUGCCUUUUCUGACAAUUGUAAUGACACGUCUGAGCCAUAUUUCUAAAAUUAUUUUAACUUUCAGCGUUAAUAUAUACCCACCUAAUCACUAAUGCAAUUGGGGACAAAUAAUUACCGAUCUACAUAGACUUGGGUGCCUUAAUUUUUAUAAUGAGACAUAAUUUUGAGACAGACGUAGUUUUGAUAUUUACAUAAGUCAGUUGGCGUAAGUUUACGACAGCCAAUGUAUAUUUCAUAAUUUUGUAAUGUUAUAAAAUAGAGUGUAUUAUAUAUUUCUGUUAUAGUGAUGAUAUUUCUUUGCUAUUUUCAUAAUAAUAAAUGUUCUUUAAAAAGUAUCGUUGCUAACUCAACUCAACUUAACUAAUUUUACAGAUUUUAUUUUAUGUAAACUUGCUUACUGUACAUAUAGAUAAAUUUACUAACCCUUGAUCACUCGUGCUGUCAACACCUCAGAGAUAUUCGAGUAUAAAAAGGGAUGAUAAUACCUUCCACGUAUACUUUACAUACUAUAUAUAAGACAAAUUAAUAAUAGAGUGUUCUAGGUGUUAAAAAACUGCAAAAGUGGUCACGGGUUAAGCGGACCAUGCCCCUUAUCUCCUUAUAAGUUCUUAUUAUUCCGUGUACUCAUGUUUGUACAUUGUACAUAUUCUUUCCUUAAAAUAAACUCAUUCAUUGGCACGUGUAUGGUGCUACAAUAACUUACUUAUAUCACAAUAGUGAAUUUAUAAUCACAAUAUUAAGAAUAUUUUAAUAACUUUUACAACA